AUGGAGUUGAGCGAAAAACCAAGCACCUCAAAACGGCAAAAGCGCGCGGUAAAUUACACUACGGAAGACAAGAGACCGCUUAUAAAGGAGGUGGAAAAUGGCAACGAAAAGCAUUGCAACAAAUAUGCUGUAGAUCAAGCUUGGGAUGAGAUAAGUGCCUCGAUGGAUAAAAGUGUGAAUGAAUGCAAAUUGGCCUGGACUAGCUUGAGGGAAAGCUACAGGUACAGAGCUAAGGGAGCGCAAAAAUCGAAGAGUGGAGGCGCAGGUGGAGAUAAUAUACCUGAACCGAUAUAUAAUGACUCCAUUGACUGGGAGUUUAGCGCUGAUAUGUCAUUUCUCCCACACGUAUCCCAGAAGAGAAGAACCUGUACUUUACCGGACUUUAGGGAGGAAACUCCCACCUGCACUUUCGAAAGCGAGAGCAUCUGCAGUUCCAAUAACAACAACAAUAGCAACGGGGCCUAUGAUUAUAUUUCAACGCCCAAGCGUAAUCGCACAUCUCUUGAUAAACAGAAUACGGAGAUUAGGAAUAAAUUGGAUAGUCUCCUCCAAGCACAAACGAAGUUAAUUCAAGCUCGCGAGGUCGCUGCAUCCGAGGAAAGUCCUAAGGCGCCCGCCGAAGUUUUUACCGGCAAAACAAAAAAGAAGUUAAAAAAUGCAGAAAAUUUGAACCCCUUGGGACAAGAAAGUCCUAAGGCGCCCGCCGAAGUUUUUACCGGCAAAACAAAAAAAGAAGUUAGAGAUUGCAAAAAUGCAGAAAAUUUAAACCCCUUGGGACGGGAAAAUCCUAAGGCGCCCGCCGAAGUUUAUACCGGCAAUAGUAUUAUACUAAAUAAAUAUUUUUCUUUGGGACAUGAAGAUCCUAAAGCGCUAGUCGACGAAUAUUCUGGCAAUAUCGUAGACAAUUAUUCAAUACUGAGUGAAAGAGGCUCAGAAUUAUCAGCUGAAGAUUAUAAUUUGGAUAAAAAUCCUAGACAUGAAAAUGAGGAAUUAUCAGUGUUAAAAGAAAUCAUAAAAGAUAAAAUUGAAGAAACUCAUUUUAUAAUUAAUACAAGCUUUGCGUUUAGAACAGAC